CUCAAAUACCAAGCAAUCUCACCUUCCACACUCCACACCAACAAUCCACCAGCGAUCGUUCCUCAGAACCAAGCAAUCAAGCAACCAGCAAGCAUCAACAGCAACACCACCAUCAAACUCACACCAUGGCAUCUCACCAGCCUCAAUCGCAAUCCGUGGGGUUCGAGGACUACCUUCCGGUGAUGGCGGAGCGGCUGGGCGAGGAGGGCCUGAUGCAGGAGCUGGCGUCGGGGUUCCGGCUGCUGCAGGACCCGGCGCUGGGCCUCAUCACCUUCGCCAGCCUCCGCCGCAACGCGCCGCUGCUGGGGCUGGGCGGCAUGUCGGACGACGACCUCCGCGGGAUGCUCGCCGAGGGCGACUUCGACGGCGACGGCGCCCUGAGCGAGAUGGAGUUUUGUGUUCUGAUGGUCAGGCUCAGCCCCGAGCUCAUGGACGAGCCCCGCAGGUGGCUCGACGACGCCGUCGCGCAGGCGUCCCAGUUCCUCUUCACCAGCUAAUAGUUAGAGAUGCUGUUUUCUUCUUGUGUUCGUUGUUCAUAGAGUCAGGAUUAUUUCAAGAAGGCUCGCAGGCACUGUCGAUUGGUUGAUGGAUUUCCACAUGAAUAAAUCGGCAUAAGCUUAUGCGUUUUCA